CACUUAAUUUCACUUCAUUAACCACAUGAUGCUGAUUGUGCUUCUGGUGCUGGGCCUUUCUGCCUCUGUUGAACCCAAUGCGAAUUAUGGAUGCUAUGGUGACUUGAGGAGUAUUGAUACCCCUGUGAUUACUUGUGGAAAUGUGGCAGACACAAGCAACUGUGGAGGUACUGCUAUAGAAAGAGUUGCUCAAAUAGAUAUAGUCCGUGUAAGAAGAUAUGAAGUCCAGAUCAGGAAUGUUGCUAGAAAUCUGUGUGUGGAACCUGCCCUGAUUGCAGCAAUGAUAUGCCGUGAAAGUCGGGUUGGGCAUCUCCUUGUCAAUGGCUGGAACUCUGGACGAAGUAGAUACGGCCUGAUGCAGAUUCACAGCCACUACUAUCCAAUUAUUGGAGCUUGGAACAGCGAAGAACAUAUCAGUCAAGCUACAACUAUCCUAAUUACACAAAUACGAGCAUUACGGAAAAGAUUCCCUCACUGGACUUGGCAGCAAUAUUGGAGAGGUGGGAUCUGUGCCUACCAAGCAGGCAUUACAGAUAUUCUCAGCUAUCCUGGAACAGACUUUUGUGGUACAUACCGACGCUUUGCUGAUGAAGUGAUUUUUACAGCCAGAUAUUAUUCCAAUUCACUCUUUUUAGAGUAAUUGUCUUUUUAAAGCUUUUAAUAUAGAAGAAAUCUGAAGAUGAAUUGAAAUAGUAGUGAGGAAGCCAUUACUGUAAACUCAAGAUAUAUUGGGCAGGCUCUCACAAUCCAAGUGCCACCAAAAGUGGAGCAGAGAAGGCACAUGCGCUCCCAGUACUUGAUUUUCUGGGGAGUGAAAAUGUUGGGCAGAGGACUGGGAAGUUAUCAUGUGCAAAGAGUCAAAUGUAGUUGGUCAGUGCAGGCAGCUAACAUUGGUGAUGUUAGAUUUGA